CAUUCGUGUCCCUUCAUAACAAAGUCCCCGCCUCCGCAGUUUAUUCAGAAGAAACGCUCACAAGUCGGCAGUUCCCUCCACGUUGAGGCUCGCGUGUUUUCUCGGCUGCUUUCACAGGACAACACAACAGUUCACUGAAACUUCUCUCACAACUUGUUCCUCUCCUCGUUUCUGAGCUCGACAUGACGUUCAGGAGGCUGAAGAAGGUGAACUCCAGCGGGCCAGAGAUUGGACCCGCAUCUCAAGACAACGACAUUUAUUUCCCCUCGUCAAAGUCAGACAGCUGCAGGACUAUGGACUUACCGAGCAACUCCUCGGAUGUUUACAACUACAAGACUUUGGCUUAUUCUGGUGGGACGCUGCCCAGAAACUUGAAAAAGGGUGGCGGGCUGCAGAAGUGGAAACCCCUAACGCAGUCACCAGAACCACAAAGGAAGGUGGUGGUCUUGGAGAAAAAGGAAGAGGAGGCGUUUGGUUUCGAGAUCCAGACUUAUGGCCUGCACCACCAAGACCAGAACUCUGUGGAGAUGUGCACGUUUGUGUGCAAGGUGCAUGACGACAGCCCGGCUCAGCAAGCAGGACUCCGAGUUGGGGACACCAUCACAAGCGUGAACGAGGCCACCGUAGAGGGAUUUCGCCACAAGGAGAUCGUUCAGCUCAUCAGGGCCUGCGGGAACACAAUCAGGCUGGAGACGCUUUACAGCGACUCGAUCCGAAAAGCGGAGCUGGAAGCGCGGCUGCAGUAUCUGAAGCAAACUCUUCAUGAAAAAUGGGAUGAGUAUCGGUCGUUGAUGGUGCAGGAGCAGAGGCUGGUUCAUGGCAUAGUGAUGAGUGAUGCUGCAGUGUACGAGUCCCUGGAGUCGGCAGGCGUGUACGGCAGCCUCGGCACUCCCAGCCCCGCCGCUCAGAGAGCCCUCCGCUGCAGCGGCAGCACCAGCAGCAGCGCCAGCUUUCUCAGCACGGCCACCGAGGACGACCCGCUCUACCAGACCUGCCUGUACCAGGCGGACGGAAGCGUGGACUCGGAGAACAACAGCACAGACAAAAAGAAAGAGCCACAGAGGCAGCAACGUCUGCGACCGGCCAGCGAGCUCUUCACGACGGCCAAGACGCAACUGACCCGCAGCGCCAGCACGCGCAGCUACAUGAGGGGAAGCUCCUCGUCGUCGUCCACGUCGGGAGACAAGCAGGGAGGGUUCAACUCGCUGCAUAGGAAGCCCAAGCAGAAAAGCUUCCGCAGGCGCCUCCUCAAAUUCAUCCCGGGCUUGAACCGACCGCUGGAGGAGGAGGAGAGCAAACUGUGAGCAGCUUCACAGAGACCAGACCCAAAGACUUAAAGCACCAGUGACUGUCAAACUAAACUGCCAAAGAAAAAUGUGCAAGCAGCCCCAAAGAGUGAAGAGACAGAGACCAAAAAUGACCCACAGUUGCACCUCCCCGUGUUGGAAUGGGUAGACCAAGUUCUGUGGCCCUCAGUGUUUCAAAGCUGUACAUAAGUUUUGUUUCCAAUUGUCUUGUUUUUUUAAGUUAUUUAUUUAUUUUAACACGUCAGGUUUAUGUACAGAAUGAAGGAUUUUCCCAUUUUUACUGCAUGCACCCACUUGUAUUUUGAAAGCUGAAUGAGACCCCUUACGACUGUGACUGUGCAACACGACAUUCUGUAAGUUUGAUUUCUACUUAAGAGGAUUCAGAUAGAUCCUGUUUUAUUUUUUGUUCGCCCGAGUUACGGUUCCUAAAAAUAAAAAAUACGGCAUUUUCA